AACAUAAAACGACAAUCAGUUGACAGUUUCAAUUUGAAAUUUCAGUUUCGAGUGACGAAUAUUUAAAAAUCUGGAAACCGCUUUCUGUCUCCUGUGUCGGGAUUACAAAAUACAUCUGUCUUUCGUGACCGCAAUCUAUUAUCCGGCAAUUCAAGGACAUCGCAGGCCAUUAGCACAAUAGAUAAGAAAACAAAUAUACUGAUAGUUAAAUACAAUGAGUAGUGGCAUGAAGUCAGAUGGGGGCAAGCAAGUCAGAGAGGAGAAAGAAAACCUAGAGCCAAACGACGUGGACGAAGACAUGAGAAUUGAACGAUUCGGGGAAGAUUUGAACCCUCUCAAGGAAGACCUCGCAGAAUGGCUAUCCAGAGUAUUAGAAGUUGAAGUCCAGGCGGAUAAUUUCAUGGAUUAUUUAGAUAAUGGUGUCCUCCUAUGCAAGCUUGCACAAUUAAUCCAAAAGGCCGCUACAGAAUGGAUAAAACUUGACAAGGCGAUGUCUGUCACUUUGCCGAGUCUUGGUUCGAGAUUUCACCAAAAUGCGAAGUCUGGGACCUUCUUUGCUCGGGAUAACGCGGCUUAUUUUCUCAAAUGGUGCAAAGGAGUCGGUAUUCAGGAUUCCGUGAUGUUCGAAAGUGAUGGUUUAGUUUUGCAAAAGCAACCAAGGGAAGUUCUGCUGUGUUUGCUAGAUGUUGCUAGAUUCGCUGCAAAUUUCGGGAUCGACCCUCCAAACCUUGUAAAAUUGGAAAAAGAGAUUGACGAAGAAAUAGAACAAGAAGUAAAACCGCCUAAAAAGGAAAAGAAACCUGCAAAACCUCUUGCUGUUGAUGACGAGGUAUUCAGACUUGCCAAAAAGUACAGUGUGAAGAUAGAACGGAUAAAAGAAGGCCGCUACAUUGUGGAGAACAAGAUCAACAUUUUUGUCAGGAUUGUGCGUAACCAUGUGAUGGUCAGGGUAGGUGGCGGGUGGGACACCCUGGAGCAUUUUAUCAGCAGACAUGACCCCAAGAAGCUCGGAAAGAUUCUCACCUCCACUCCUGCCCCUUGUCCCAACCAUCACCAUGGCGACAUUCAGUGCAAGGGACACUGCGUAGCAUCAACAUGAUCUCAAUGGAUCAUUUGCUUAUCAUUAAAAGGGUAUAUCAUACUGGUUGUUUUGGUAAAGCUAGAGUGGCAACAUUUCUGGUGAGAGGUAACCUGGAGACGGUGUUAACUGUAGACCAGGGUAAUUACAAAAUCCUUUGGGAUAUUUUUAUUUCAAACACUAUAGUGGGAAAAAAGCUCAAAUUUCAAUGACACAAAUAGUUGAAUCAAUUUUAAAGAGUUGCAUUUGAUAUUUUGUUUGCUAUUCCUCACUAAAGUACUUACAUAGACAGAAAUGUUCUGCCUUAUUAGAUGUGAAAUGUGCUUAUUUGAAGUGUUAUGUCAAGUUUUUUCACCAUGUCCACCUGAUGUGUUAUCUUUUACGAUGUAAAAUUGCUGUUUACCACAUUUUCUUUUAUCCCAGGGUUGAAAUUUAUUUUGAAUAUAUCAACCAUGUCUGUUUUUUAUGGAUAAACUCCAACAUCUAUUGAACUACUGUAUCUGUAUGUUUUUUUUUUUAGUGUUUGAUUAUAUUUAUUGAGGUGUCAACUACAAGUUGUCAAUAAUAUGCUUGUAAAGAUUACAAUUGUUUUAUUUAUUGUGAUCCUUUCUGUCAGACAAUAAGGACAUAAUUAAGCAAAUAUGAUGGCAAGAAGGAAGAAUAUGACACUUAAAAUGAUCUUGCUUAGUAAAUAGUUUUGAAUUUUUUUUUAAAUGCAACUUUUAUAGCCCAGAAAACAUAAAGAUGAGUCAAGAACCUUAUUUCUAACAAACAAUGAUUGUAUGGUUUUUAGCGUACAAUUAAAUUGAUGUAGGUAGUGAAACCUUUUCAUGUUAUAUUUUGGAGGAAAACUGAUUACAUGCAUUAGAUAGAGUGUAUUCAUGUCUAGGUCUUCAAAUUUUCAAUUGCUUUCUGCCAAUGCCAUUCCCAUUGCCAUCAUCCUUGCUUAAGUCCCCAAAUACUUUUUUUGAAGACAGCUGUUCAAAGCUAAAAAAAAUAAUUAUAUUUUUGGAGUAACUGUUUUACAUCUUUGCACCUAGAGAGUGUUUGAAAUAAGUAAUUUAUAUUUUGUACAAUACUUUUUAAAAAGUGUGUGGUAUAUUUAUUUAAUGAAAAAGAAAGUGAAAGAGUUGCUUUUAAGCUUUACAAAAAAAAUCUCAAUAAAAAGACAAAUUUGAGACUA